CCGGCAAGGUCCCUCCAGCCGGGAUGGUAUAAAGACCGACGGUGGACUCUGGUCAGCAGUCAGCAAUCAGCAGCCUUAGCAGUCACAGACCGUCAGCAGAAUCAGCAGUCACCAUGAAAACCUCACUGGCACUGGUUCUCUCUUUGAUGGCGGUGACCGCCGUGUCAGCCGGCUCGGGACCGACACAAGACAGCCGCCAGGGCCGCCUGCUGCUGCUGCUCGGCAAGAAGAAGCUGCUGGCUGCCGCGCCGCUGCUCGCCAAGGGCGGCGCCGUCAAGGCGAUCGCCGCCAAGGGCGCCACCGUGGGCAAACUCAAGGGUCUGGGCGGCGUGGCCGGUGUGGCCGGUGUGGCUGGUGUGGCCGGUGUGGCCGGUGUCAGCGGCGCCGCUCAGCCCGGCUACGUGGUGGCCCAGCGCCCGCAGCCGGUGUACGUGCAGCAGCAGCAGCAGCCGGUGUACGUGCAGCAGCAGCAGCAGCCGGUGUACGUGCAGCAGCCGACCGUGGUGGCCGUGCAGCAGCAGCAGCCUGUGUACGUGAAGCAGCCGACCGUGGUGGCCGUGCAGCAGCAGCAGCCUGUGUACGUGCAGCAGAGCCACCCGACGUACGUGCAGCAGAGCCAAUAUGGCCGCUAGAUAAUCAGACUGAGGUCUGUGACCAGCUGCUGACAGCUGGGGCCAGCUGCUAACAGCUGGGGACAGCUGCUAACAGCUGGGGCCAGCUGCCUGGAGUGGCCGUUAUAGCUUUAGGCUCCUACUGCUGCAAAAAAAUUGACGUCGUCGAAACAUUUUUUUCUGAAGUCUUGGAUUGCUAUUUUCAGUGGUGUUAUGAUGUUCUUUGAGGAACCGUGACGUAUGCGUGUUGUCGCAUUCAUUAUUGUUGUUCAGUCGUUGUUUUACAAGUUAUAUCGAAAAUACAUUUUGUGUAUUACCAAUAUAAUUGCUUGUCUCCA